AUCACAAACAGCCUUCGUCUCCUAUAAGGGUUGGCUGAGUCCGUCAACACACAGGAUACAACCUGCAGAGCUUCAGGGAUGAUGCUACUUUGCGUUUUUCUCGUGCUUCUCAGUCAUAUCUGUCAGGUGCCGGCUGUUCACCCGACCUCAAGUAUAACUCAGGACAGUGGGGUCAUAACAGCUCUCAUUGGGCAGACAGUGACUUUAAAUUGCUUUUAUAAGGAUAAUAGUGUAACUUACUUGUCUUGGUACCAGCAAAGCUUGGGAGGCAAACCUCUCCUUAUAUCAACUGGGAUGCCAAAAGCAAAGGUGUCCAUCUCCCCCGAGUAUAAAGAGAGGUUUCGAGUCUCAGCACAAGGUGGAGAAGGAUCCAACCACCUCGUUAUCAAGGAUAUUCACCUGUCAGAUUCAGCGACAUAUUUCUGUGGGAUUUUAGAAUUCAACGUGAUUCAAUUUGGACCUGGAGCUUUCCUACUUGUCCAAGCAUCACAGUCCAACAGCCGGGCUGUCGUCCAUCAGCUGCCUUUGGAGCAGCUUCGGUUGGGAGACUCUGUGAAUUUGAGCUGUACAGUGCAUUCUGGAGCAUGUGCGGGGGAGAGGAGCCUCUACUGGUUCAGACAUGGUGCUGCUCAGCCUGAAAUGACGCCUGGCAGCGUGGACGGUUGUAAAUAUCCCACCAACGACGAUUGCACUUUUAACCUCGCUUUGAAAUCUGUGAGCUCCCCUGAUACAGGGGUCUACUACUGUGCUCUGGCCUCCUGUGGUGAGAUUGUGUUUGGCAAUGGAACGAAAGUGGAGAUUGUAGGAGGUCCUACCAAAGUCCCUCUUCUCCUGGUGUAUUGCCUCAGUGCGGCAUUGGCAUUUUUCAUUGCAUUGCUGCUUGUCUUGGCUUACGUCAUGUACAAGUUGAAAAAAACUUGCUCUGUCUGCAAAGGAGCGCAUUCUCAUCUGGCAUGUUCUGCAGCUUCUGACGUCGUGAACCAAGAUGCAGACAUGCAUUAUGCUGCGCUGAGUCUGAACAGAACAAGUGAACGACAUCGUCACAAGGACAACGUGGAGAGCGUUUGUGUUUACUCUCGGGUAAAGAGUAGAAAACAAUGAAGUUGGACUUCACCUUUACAGCAAAUUAUCUCCCUGUCCUGUCAGUCAUUUGCAAGACAGCAACACUUUUCAUGACUUAA